CGGUUGGUCAUAAGUUCACUAAACACACUAUAUUACAAAUACACUCACCUCUCCCUCCCUUUCAAUCCAAGUCUCUCUCUCUCUCUCUCUCUCUCUCUCUCUCUCUCUCUCUCGUUCUUUUCUACUCGAAAGCUUCCGUAACUAGAAGCAAAGAACUCAUCAUCCAUAAUUCUCUCUGCAAUCAUUCUCUCUUUUUGAUGAUGAAACUUUGUCCAAAUUUUGAUCGAGAAGAUGGGUUGGAGACAGUCCUCGAGGUUCCAAUCCCAGAAGAGAUGUUUGGUUCAAACAAGAAUGGGAAUAGUUCACGGCGGAACUUGAAAGCUUGGAUGAGACCACAUACUGAUAGGUCUCUGGCAGACAUAUUUGGAAGGAGAAAUACAGAGAUCCAACUCUUGCUUGGUAUUGUUGGUGCUCCUUUGAUUCCUCUUCCUAUCUGCUUUGAUCACCAGUUCAUCAACUGUAACAUCAAAGAUCAACCUAUUGGGGCAUCAAUGGCAAAAUACAUAGUGCAACAAUAUAUAGCAGCAGUGGGAGGGGAGAGGGCAAUGAAUUCUGUAGACAGCAUGUAUGCAAUGGGGAAAGUGAAAAUGGGAGCGUUAGAAUUCUUUGCAGGAGAAGGGAGCCUGAACAAUAAGGUGGUGAAAGUGAAGAACUUGAUGAAUGGAGAUGGAGAGACGGGAGGAUUUGUUCUUUGGGAAAAAAGGCCUGACUUUUGGUGCCUGGAGCUAGUUGUUUCAGGUUGCAAGAUUAGUGCAGGCAGUGAUGGUAAGGUGGCUUGGAGGCAAACCCCAUGGCACCAUUCCCAUGCUUCCAGAGGCCCCCCUAGGCCCCUCAGGCGUUUCCUCCAGGGUCUUGAUCCCAAAUCCACAGCCAACUUAUUUUCCAACUCCAUUUGUGACGGCGAGAAGGCGAUCAACGACGAGGACUGUUUCGUACUAAAACUUGAAGCUGAACCUUCAUCACUAAGAGCAAGAAGCACAGGCAAUGUGGAAAUAAUAAGGCAUACAGUUUGGGGAUACUUUAGCCAAAGAACAGGGCUCUUGGUCCAACUACAAGACUCUCACCUUUUAAGGAUCAAAGCCUCAGGAAACGAUAGCAUUUACUGGGAGACCACAAUGGAGUCUAAAAUUCAAGAUUACAGAACCAUUGAUGGAAUCAACAUAGCACACGGUGGUAGAACAUCAGUUUCAUUGUAUAGGUUUGGUGAGAACUCAGAAAGACAUUCAAGAACAAGAAUGGAAGAGGUUUGGGCUAUAGAAGAAGUGGAUUUUAACAUAAAAGGAUUGUCCAUGGACUGCUUUUUGCCCCCUAGUGACUUAAAGAAAGAGGGAGAAGAAGGUUAUGGAGUUAUGACUUGCAAUAAAGGAAAAUUACCAUUGAAGAUAAGAUCAGCCUCCACUAGGAUUAGUGUUUCUAAGGUUGUUACUGUUGAUGUUGAUGACUCGAAAAAUAAUACUGAAGAUGCUGAUGAUCAUGAGGAUGAUUAUUAAAGAAAUGUAAAUUUGCUUCCAUUUGUACAUAUACCGUGUUAAUUUUCAUAUGCUUACUUCUGUCUUCUACGUGACUCACCCUAUUCAAUUUCUCUACAGACGCUCUCAUCCUGUUGGCUUUUAAAGAUUGUUGUUGGCCUUUCUUUGAUUGGCAGUAGCAUUUUGUCUUUCUUUUUCUUAAUCUUUUAAUUAUUUUCUUAAUUAAUUAAAUGUAAUUCUUUUA